AUGGCCCCCGAGCCCAUCAGGUCCAACAUUCACCGCUUCCGCGUUCGACAGCCGUCCCCAUCGGCUUCCUCCUCGCCGGCCCUGCGCCGCUCGGCCUCUCCUCCCGCCGUGCGCUACCCGCCGCCGCCGCUGCCGCCGCCGCCACCGGCCCUGACGCCCGUCAUAGGACCCCCGCCAACCCCGGGACCGCCGUCGGGUACCGCCCCGGAUGUCUCGGUCUCGGUCUCGUCCUCGUUAUCGUUGUCGUCCUCCUCUCCCUCCUCGGCGGCCAUGGCAACACUCUCGGCGGGCCCAGUCCCGGCAAAUUCGGCUUCGAUCCCGCCCACGCUGCCGAGCCCCGCCGGGGGUUCAAACAACUCCGUGACGCUCUCAGCUUCCUCUUCCUCCUCCGCCACCGCCGCCGCCGCCGCCGCCCCGUCGCCCAAGGCCGUCCGCGACAUCCCCGCCUGCGACCGCUGCCGCAGCUUCAAGAAGAAGUGCAGCCGGACGUUCCCCGUGUGCACCCUCUGCGCCAACGCGGGCCACCGCUGCUCCUUCUCGACGCCCGCCGCCUCCACCGCCGCCCAGACGCACCACCUGCGCGCCCGCAUCGAGUGGCUGUCGCGCUUCAUCAACGAGAACCUCUCCGUCCCCGGCGUCCCGGGCGUCGAGGCCGUCGACACGGGGACGGACCUCGCCUCCCUGCUGGGUUCCUCGCCGGCGGCUGCCGCUACCCCGACGAUUCUUGGUGGUAGUAGUAGUGCUGGUGGUGCUGGUGUUAUUACUACUGCCGUAGGACACCCGCUGGACAUGAACCCGACGACGCCGGCCAACGUCAACGGCGCCACGCCCGGGUCCGGGUCCAUGAGCGUCGGGAGCAACCGUGGCGAGCCGAGGGACACCUUUGCCGUACACCAACAGCAGCAUCACCAGCAGCACCAACACCAGCAGCAGCAGUCACACGGAGCAUCGGGCCCCGGCAUCUUUGACAACUCGGAAUCUCCAUCGACGAGAGGCAACGACCACAUGCGGGCCCUGCUCCAGCCGGGACCGCCGGAACCCGGCCGGAUCCUCGGCAUCGAAGGCCUCCGUGACGGCCACGGCCACGGCCACGGCCAUCAUGCCGGCGGCGGCAGCGACGGCGUCGGCAGCGGCUUCACGUCCUCGAGCCUACCCCGGGACGCCAUCGCCCGGCGCUUCGUCGACGCCUACUUCCGCAACGUCAACCGCGCGUACCCCUUCGUCAACCGCGCGCGGGUCCUGCGCGACCUCGAGUCCCUCGGCGAGUCGACCAAGCGCCGGCGCGACGCCGGGUCGACGCUGCUCUACCUCGUCAUGGCCAUCGGCUGCACGACGCUGCAGCGCGCCGGGCAGAUCCCCAACGACACGGCGUCCAAGUUCGACGUCGCCUACGCCGACAUCAUCCAGGAGUGCCUGGCGCGCGAGGACCUCGAGUCGAUCCAGAUCCUCGUGCUCGUCGCGCUCUACUCCCUCUUCGACCCCCACAAGGGCAUCUCGACCUGGUCCGUCGCCGGCAUCGUCUCGCGCCAGGCCAUGCUGCUCGGCCUCAGCCGCCGCGCGUCCGAGGACAAGACGCUCUCGGCCAUGGAGAUCGAGCUGCGCCACCGCCUGUUCUGGAGCAUCUACGUGCUCGACCGCAUGAUGGCCAUCUCGCUCGGCCUGCCCGUCGCCCUCGUCGACGACAACGUCGACGUGCCCCUGCCGGGCCUCACCAUCGAGGAGUUCGCCUCCCCGGACCGCCAGCACUUCGCCUCCAUCCUGCAGACGAACCGCCACGUCAUCCAGCUGCGCCAGCUCGAGGACCGCAUCCUCAAGCAGAUCCACACCCGCAGGCAGGCCGACGUCGCCGCCCUCUCCCAGGCCGACCGCCGCGCCAUCGUCCAGAGCAUCCGCGCCGACAUUGAGAACUGGUACAGCAACGGCUGCCUCGUCUCGCCCCUCGAGCCGGACAACGUGCCCAUCCACAACUCCGUCACCUGGCUCAGCGCCCGCUACUACCACCUCCUGCUGCUCCUCCACUACCCCUGCCACUUCAACUCCUCUUCCGGGCCCGGCUUCGGCUCCCCCAUCGUCUCCGCCGUCGAGCUCCUCCGCUUCGCCCAGAAGCACCUGCAGUCCACCUCGGUCCUCCUGCAGCAGCGCCAGCUGCCCCUGAACCGCGUCACCCUGUGCCGCCUGUUCCCCGUCGGCCUCGUCCUCGUCCACAGCUUCAUCGCCUGCGCCGCCGAGUGCACCUCCUUCUCCGCCCGCGACGAGGUCGCCGUCGUCGUGAGCAUCCUCGAGGCCUUCCCCGAGGGCUGGGCCCAGGCCCGCCAGGCCGCCCACGUCUUCCGCCAGUUCAUGGGCCUCGUCUCGGGCGUGCCCAACAACGGCUACACGACGCUGCACUUCCCGAGCGGCGGGAACGUCUACGGCGGUGGUGGUGGCGGUGGCGGAGGUGUGGGCCAGGUAACCUCGACUUCAUCGGCGUCGACGUCGUCCUCUAGAGAAUCGUACCAGGCCAUGGUCCGGCCCAUCAUCACGGGGCUCGUCGCGCUGAUGCAGGAGGUGCUCGGCCGGUCGACUUGCUACGCGUUCCACGAGUUCCCGGACGACUGCGGCGGCCAGCCCUCGGCGCCGGCGGGCUUCCGGGGCCAGACGGCGUUCUCCCCGACGGGGCCAACGCGGCACUCGGCGUCCGUCGGAAACGACGAGCCGUCCAUGGACUACGGAUGGGGCUCGUUGGAGCUGGGGUUUCUCUGA